GAAAAGGGCUGGAAAGAACAGAGAGACAGAGAGUAAGCUGGCUCCAUCAUGUCCUAUUAUGAGGUACGUUUUCAUUCCGUAUUUAGACCAUGUUAACAAACUUUUAUGGACUUUACUGUAACAUUUAUCUCAGUUUAUCAUGUAUUCACUUAUCAGAUUGUAGAAUCUGUUCUUAGAGUUUUGCACAUGUAUUUGCACGUUUGCUCAAUUAUCCCUCUCUUUCUUCCUCUCUCUGAAGCACUUUGUGAUAACAGAAUCGGAUUAUGACUACAAUGACACGAGUUCCGGUUUUGGUUCUGGCUUGGGUGAUUUCGGCACUGGAUUUGAGGAGCCGUGUGACCGUGAGCUGCUGAGCCCCAGCGUGCAGCGUGUCUCCCCCGGUGGUGUACGGUUUCAUCUUUCACCCUGGGGAUUCACUGGGAACGGCCUGGUGGUGUUCGUACUGGGCUGCCAGCGGAAGGCCCGGCUCAGUCUAACGGACCGCUACCGGCUGCAUCUCUCUCCGCUGCAGACCUGCUCUUCGUUCUGGCACUGCCCUUCUGGGCUGUGGACGCUGCACUCGGGGACUGGCGCGUCGGAGCGGUCAUGUGCGUGGGCGUGCACGUCAUCUACACAGUGAACCUGUACGGCAGUGGUGCUGAUCCUGGCCUUCAUCAGUCUGGACCGCUACCUUGCAGUAGUCAAAGCCACAGAAACCAGCACACACAACAACCCGGCAGCUGCUGGCAUGCAGGCUGGUGUACGCUGGCGCCUGGCUGCCUGCUGGUCUCCUGGCCAUCCCAGACAUGGUGUUCGCUCGGACCCAGGAGCAGGGAGGGGGAGAUGGUGUGCACGAGGCUCUACCCGCCGGAGAACGCCCCACUGUGGGUGUCCCUGUUCCACCUGCAGACGGUGCUGGUGGGGCUGGUGGUGCCGGGGCCUGGUGCUGCUGGUGUGUUUAUGCGUGAUCGUGUCCAGGUGACCCGGGGCCGUGGG